GUUUGAUAAAUGAAAUAGCAAUUAAGAUCUUAAACACCAGUACUAGGAGCAAUUCUUUUUGAUUUUAAUAUUCCACAAAUAACUAUCUCUGGCCAAUAUUAGACUAGAAAUGCUUGUUUCUUGAAAAAAUUUGGUUCAGAAAAAAAGAGAAACCCUAACAAUCCAAUAAAAUUUACAAAUCCAAGAAAAAAUCUCAAAUAUUUAUUUCUUAACUUUGAUGUCAAUGACCAAAAAUCAUAUGACAGUGACUCUGAUUAUUUAUAUAGAAAUAUGCCUAAAUAGAAAGUAAUAAAAUAAAAAAUAGAACGAAAAUCAAUGUCAAUUAAGCAUACAAAUUUAGAAAUGUCUAUAAGUAAUUUGGAGCUAAUAUAGAGACCCUUUUGUAAGCAUUUGAGAUCAAAGUCUGUAAAAUUUACUUGA